UGACUGAAACUAGCUGACAGAGCUAAGCUUAGUUGAAAAACAAACGAGCCAUAGAGUGGACGGGCUGACGGACAGACACGCCAAUUAAAGCCUAAAAAACAGAUAUAAAACGGAAAGGAACGGUUACGAAAAUUAAAUAUUUGAAAAAAAAAAAAAAUAUAUAAUUAAAAUUGACUGAAAGUUGAAAAAAAAUUAAGCUUAAAAUUUGCAAUAUUUGUUUGAUGAAAGAAUAAAAAUAACCGCAUUAAUAUUUGACCAGGCUGAAGUUUAAUAAUAAAUGCUAAACGCGUAUUAAUGCCAAGUUUGUUAUUCAAAUAUUUUAAGAAAGUCUAUAACCAACCAUAAACAAAAUAAUAACAAUAACCAUAAAAAUUAUUUGCGAAAGUAUUUUGGAGUGAAAAAAAGUAAAACAAAUUGUUUAAAUAAAUUUGUUUUCACUCUAAACAAGUGCAAAAAAAGUGGUAUUUUUUUUUGGGGAGGAUAUAAGAAUUUUUGUUUAAAAAAUAAAUAUUUUUGAAUUUAAAAACAUGGAUGUAGCUUGGCGUUUUCGUAUAAUAAUCUUCACCGCUUUGGCCUUGAUGAUAUUUGGUGAUUUUUUCGGUUAUGGUGGCAUAAUGCGUGGUGUUAAAUCUGAUCCCAAUCAGCAAACUGCGGGGGCUGGCAAAUUUCAACAGAAAAAUGCCGAAAUUGAAAUCAGUGAAGAUGCUGAUUUAACUGAAUUUUCAACAGCUGCUCUACAACAGAAACGUGUAAAAUCCCAGCUGACAGAUGCCAUUAAAGACUCCUGUCUGCCCAAAAUGUUGUGUGAAAUGGCCUCAAAACCGGAGUAUAUGUUAACGGAAAAAGAAAAGGAUCUUAUGCAUCUAAUAAGAUCUUCGUCCAUGUCUUUGGCUAUGAAUGGUGCUCCCAGUAAAUGGCAUUUUGCCGCUCACAUGGGAGAACUUUUGCGUUAUACUGGCGAUGAAUUAAGUGGACCAAUGGGUUGUGCCAAUUUAUGGCCAAAUUGUCCUAUUAGUUCUAAGAAAUUAAUGAAAUUGUCCUACAAAGUGAAACUUUAAAAAUUUUGUUAAAGAAAACUAAAAAUGUGAUUUUAUAGGAAAAUUAAAAAUUAAAAAUUCUUUAAAUUAUUGCCAAGAUCUUGAAAAUUUAAACGUAUAAAUAAUUUUGUUUUAAAUUAAAACCUAAUUUUUAAAGUUUCCUAUAUUUAAUAAUUUAUGUUUAAUUUUUAUUACUAUUUUAAAACUUUUUUAUAAAUUUGGCUUUUGUAUUUAUUUUUUUUUUAAUUGCUUGUGUAAAUAUUUUUAAGCUUUAUGUAUAGUUUAGUAUACGUUUUUAAAACAAUAAAUUUUUUGUUUUAAAUGUUUUAAGACUUAUUUUAAAAAGUAAUAUUUGUAUGUAUAAUAGUAAUACUUUAGUUGACAAAAAAAAAAAAAAAAAAAACUUGUGUUUUUUUUAUAAUGAGAAACUUGUAUACUAACUAGUCUGUAAUUUUUUUCUAUCUAUAAUUUAAGCAUAGUUUUGUUUAGUUUAUUUUUAAGUUUAUGUAAAUUAUUUGAGACUUUUUUUUGCGCUAACAAAAGAAAAUAUAUUUUGUUAAGUAGUUUUGUAAAUACGAGUGAGAAUUUAUAUACAAACAAAAAAAUUAAUAAAAUGAGCUUUUUUC